AUGGAACUGACAUUUUUGAUUAGCCGUGACGGAGACAAUGUCAAAAGAGGGCAGAAACGGUGCUACCACAAUGAAGUACCGACCAAGACGGACGUUUCAAAGGGACUGCAUCAUAAUUCCAGCCUUAUUCCUACUCCCUAUGGCACCCAUGAACGCUCGAGAAGGGACUCAGGGAUCCGAGGUAGAUCCGCAUCUCCAACCAGAGAACAACAAAGUGACUACACAUUUGAAAGGUCCCCGAACCAUGAGGCCGGUAGCUCAACUGUCUCUGAGGCAAGUCGACUCACAGAUCAAGAGCACGAGUCCCGUCAAUUUGCAUGCGACUCGAACCCAAUGGCGACUUUGAUGGAAAAGGACGAAUCACGGUUAAAGAACAGACAGGGCCAGAAAGGCGAUGUAGGAGCGUGGUUGUGCCCUGAACAGGAUUACCUUGAUUCAUCGCAGAACUGCAACCCACUACAAUUACCGCGGGGGUCGGAUUCGCAGCCAACAGACAUCAACACAGAUUACCUGCCACCGAAAAAGAGCCAAGAAGCUUUGAUAGACGUCUAUUUCCGUCGAAUACACCCCAUAUUGCCUCUUCUCGAUGAGCAGACAGUGCGAGUCAAUUUUCAAGCAGGCUCUCUGCAUGUUCGCCUUCUCCAAACGAUAUGUCUUGUCGCAGCGAAAGACCGGACCACAAGACCUCUUCUGCGCCUCGGCCAGAGCUCGGAAAUUCUCCAACUGGAGAGGUUUAACAGUAUACUCUAUACCGACAUCAUGCAAAAUAUACCAAGGACACCCAGAAAGAAGAUAAUCUACAUUCAAAUCUUGACCCUUUUGUCGCUCCACGAAUGGGGCCCUACUGGCUCCGAAGAUCGUUCUUUGAACCUGGCGCAGGCCAUCCACCAUGCACAUACCAUCGGUAUGCAUUUGAUGAGGACAGACCAGCAGCCUACUACCUCACUAAAGGCUCUAUUUUGGUGUUUGUGGAGUCUGGACAAAUGGAAUGCUGCUAUGAAUGGAAGACCGAUCAUGAUACAUGACCGCGACAUGAACCAGCGAGUGGAUGACGUUAUCUCAUCGUUCCCAGCCUCAUUUCGGCUCUGGCUUCGUAUCGCUGAAAAACUGGGUAGGGUGAUUCUAUUUUAUCGGCCGAUCAUCAAUGGGGUUGAUCAUGAGGAACUUGAGCUUCCCGCCUUUGAAGAACUUAUUGAGGAUUGUGAUGCGUGGAAACUAUCAUCAGACUUGCUUGACGUGCGAGCUCCUGUAUCACGCGGUUACUAUUCUCUCCACACAUUCCGAUGGCCUUCAAGGGCGUUCACGGCCAAGGAAUUCAAUCCCAUCGAGGGAUUCCUGGGCCCGGAGAUUCGCGAACAGCUUACAUUUGACCGUCAGCAGGCACUCGCAUCCACGAAUACCCUCAAUGUAUUCCAAAUGCCGGCCGGAGACCAUGAGUUUCUCUUCAGCAUUCCACUUCCAUCCAAAAUGUUCUCGACCGUUAUAAGCUCAAACCACCAAUAUCACAAAUACAACGUUGAAGUCGUCAUUGAGCGACGUCUGAAAAGUGACUUUGUGGUCUCACAACCGAUACAUGUCUACCAGCUUUGCGGACUAGAACAAAGCUAUCUAAGACCAUACAAUCCAUUGACUCUUGAACGUCAAUCCGACCAAGAUAUCCAAUACUGUAUUUCCCUCGCUGAUCGCAAUAUUCCUUUUGGUUGCACAUUCCCCGUGGAGUGUUGGUUUGCUCCGCUUUCCAAAGGCACCAAGCUCAACGCAGUCACAGUCAAAGUCCAGGAGAGACAAAGUGUGCGCUUGGAUGCUACGGCCGCCGAAUCGGUGCGACAGAACAUACACUUUGUAACCUGCGCGCACAACCACACUGUGUUUUCAAAGAAGAUAGACUUUGCCGAUGGCAGUGAGCCGACGGGUGCUGAUUCGAUGGAGACGGAAAGGCGCAUUAACACCUCCGUGUGUUUGCCGCGUACUUUGGGUGGUUGUUCACAGAGUCUCUCCACGAAGCACAUCAAGAUCAAACAUGUCUUAUCUGUAAAGGCGGAGUUCUGUGAUGAAGAGGGCCAGGUGACUGCAGAGAUUUCGGAAGUUAUUCCCAUUGAGAUCUAUAUGACACCUUGUGUCAUUGGUGAGAAUGGGUUCAUCCAUGGACGGGAUAUCCAACAGCUGCAGGGGGAUGACCAUCCUCCCCCGGCUUACAAUGACCACUUGUCCGACCUGAUGAUUUUGACGGCUGCUGACGUCGACCUUUGUGGGAGUACAAUCGUUACGGAGAUGAACAUUGAGCGCAGUUCAAGUCAAAGCUCGUCUAGCCGUUCAUCCUACGAUCCUGCACCCUUGUAUGUAUAA